AUGGCUUCCAUCGUCAACGAACGCAUCCUGGCGGCUGCCCCCGUCACAAACCGAGGCCAGGGAACCCAGCUGUCGGCAGACUCCAAGGGCAAGAGGAUCGCGUACGCCUCUGGCAAGUCCAUCUUCGUCCGGUCCAUCGACGACCCCUCAGACUGCAAGGAAUACACCGGCCACACCCACCCCACCACCAUCGCCCGCUUUGCGCCCAGCGGCUUCAAGAUUGCCAGCGGCGACUCUGCCGGCAUCCUGAGGAUAUGGGAGCCCGAGUCCAUCGAAACCACCCGAGGCGAGUACCCCAUAAUCUCCGGUCCGCUACUUGACAUUGCCUGGGACGGCGACUCCCAGCGCAUCAUCGCCGUGGGCAAUGGCCGGCAGAAGUUUGGCAAGGCCAUCAUGGCCGACAGCGGCAACUCGGUGGGCGAGAUCAUCGGCCACACCAAGUCCAUCAACGCCGUGAGCAUCACGCCCAAGCGCCCUCUGCGCGCCGUCACCGUCGGCGAUGACCGCAACGUCAACUUCUACCACGGAGUCCCCUUUGAGUUCAAAAACGCCACGACGCUGCACAACGGCUUCGUCCUCAGCGCCGUCUACUCGCCCGACGGCUCUACCUUUGUCACGGUCGGACAGGAUAAGCGGAUACAGCUGUACGAUGGCGUCACGGGCGAGCCGCUCCGACAGAUUGGCGAAGGCGAGCACACCGGCAGCAUCUUUGGUGUUUCGUGGACCCAAGACGGCAAGAAGUUUGCGACUGCCAGUGCAGAUCAGACAAUCAAGCUGUGGGAUGUCGAGUCGGGCAGCGUGAUCCAGACGUGGAAGUUUGGCGACGGAGUGAGCGUGCGCGACCACCAGGUCGGCGUUGUUAUCCCCCACGGCCGAACAGACGGCCUCAUCAUCAGCAUCAACCUGGCGGGUGAGCUGACGUACCUGCAAGAGGGCAAGGAUGAGCCCGUCAGGGUGAUUCAGGGCCACGACAAGGGAAUCACGGCUCUGACUGGAGGCUCGGACGGCAGCGGAACUACCGUUGUGACGGGCAGCUUCGAUGGCCGUGUCUGCUCAUGGGACCUGGAGAGUGGUGCGGCCACCGUCCUGGACGGCCAGUCUCAUACGAACCAGAUCCCCCAGUUUGCCACCAGCUCUGGCAAGAUAUACAGUGUAGGAUGGGACGAUACCAUCAGGACGAUUGACGACUCUGCCAAGACCUUUGUCGGCGAGUCAACAAAGCUUCCCAGCCAGCCCAAGGGAGCGGCAUCAGCCGGUGACAUUGUCUACGUGGCCGGCGUGAGUAGUGUGGCCGCUUACUCAAACGGCAAGCUGCUCAAGGAGACGCCUCUUGACUUUACGCCAGAUGCCAUUGCCGCCCACGGGUCCUAUGUGGCCAUCGGAGGCCAGGGCAACACUGCAAGAAUCUACACCGGCGACUCCAACGGCAACCUGGAAUACAAGGAGUCUGUGUCCAGCCCUCUCGGCACCGUCACUUCUCUGGCCUUCUCCAAAGACGGGAGCCACCUGGCGGUGGGAACAAGUGUCGGAAAGAUCCUGGUCUUCAAGGUCGGAACCUGGGAGCUUGUCACGGACCGCUGGUCGGCACACACCGCACGAGUCACUUGCAUCUCCUGGGAGGAGACGGGCGCCUACGCCGCCAGUGGAAGCUUGGAUUCUCACAUCUUCGUCUGGUGCCUGGAGAAGAGGCUGCAAGGCCAGCGCAUCAAGGCGCCCAACGCCCAUCUGGACGGCGUGACGGGCGUCACUUGGAUUCGAGGUGGCCGACUGGCGAGCUCUGGAAAGGAUGCGACGGUCAAGAUCUGGGAAGUCAACAAUCUUCCUUGA